UGUGAUGCGGAAGUUGACAGGAAGUCUGUGAGGACGCCGGGGUUCGUUUUCUAUGUGAGCGUCACCGAGUUCACUGCGUUGAAAUGAACGGGGGCGGUGUGGGACCGCCGACUGAGGGUGUAUUACAAAUCUUUGCUUUAGUUAAAGGGGCAUGUCCAAAUGCGCGCCACGGCUUGCCUUCUUCUUGCCUAGUCCCGCGGCUUUGCCUUCGCCUGCACCUGCUGCACCCGCACCGCCGGCACCGGCACCCGGCUCUGCUGCUCCUCCUUCGAGUCCUUGUCCUUCCCCUCGCCGCUGGUCGCGCUGUCGCUCCUCCACUACAAGUAUCAUCAUCAUGCUGAGGGUCUUCGGCGCAUUGGUGGUCGCCGGGUUGCUGUUCGCCUGUCUCACAUCCUGGGUCCUGGACAGUUACGAUACGGGCGGACUGCCGAAGCCGCGCAGCUACAGCGCCGGCGAGGAGGGGUCGUGGAGCAGCGCGCCGCCGUAUCCCGGAGCAGAGUCGAGCAAUAUUUUCUGGUUCGUACAGGUGUCUGACAUCCACAUCAGCCGCUUCCGUGACCCCAGGAGAGUUCCUGACUUCGAGAAGUUCUGCACGCACACCGUUGGGGUGAUCCAGCCGGCUUUGGUCCUGGUCACAGGGGACCUGACAGAUGCCAAGACGGAGAGUAAAGUGGGCUCCCAGCAGUAUGAGGUUGAGUGGCAGGCCUACCACAACAUCCUGAAGAGGUCCCGCGUGCUGGAACGCACUAAGUGGAUUGACAUCCGUGGAAAUCAUGAUGCCUUCAAUAUUAUAUCUCUGGAGAGUGUUAACAACUACUACAGGAAGUAUUCUGCUAUUCAGAAAGCAGGUUCCUUCCACUAUGUGCACAGGACACCCUUUGGGAACUAUUCAUUUAUUUGCGCAGAUGCGACCCUCACACCUGGCCCCAAACGUCCCUACAACUUCUUUGGCAUCUUAAACCAGACUCAGAUGGAUAAACUGGCUAUGUUUAAAGUGGAGAGCCAGGACAGUAACCAGUCUAUCUGGUUUGGACACUAUACGACAUCCACCAUCAUCUCCCCUUUCCCGGGAAUUCGUGAACUCAUGAGCUCAGCAGUAGCAUACCUGUGUGGACAUCUGCACACCCUGGGGGGGAUGAUGCCUGUGUUGCACAGCCGACACCCCCAGGGAACACUUGAACUGGAGCUGGGAGACUGGAUGGACAAUCGCAGGUACAGAGUACUGGCAUUUGACCAUGACUUGCUGAGCUUCUCGGACCUGUCCUUUGAAGAAUGGCCUGUUGUGCUCAUCACUAAUCCCAAAGGGGCACUGUACCAACAUCCUGGGGUGGAGCCUCUAGGUCGGAUCCGACACUCAACACACAUCAGGGUUCUAGCAUUCUCUGAUGCCCCGAUCACAGCAGUGCACAUCAUUGUGGACAAACGCCCGCUCGGGGAGGGCCGCUCUGUAGGGGGUCCCUUGUAUGUGCUGCCGUGGGACCCUUCUCAGUAUGAUGCCGGAGUGCACUACAUCAGGGUCAAAGCUGAGGACUCAGCUGGUCGUGUCAGAGUUCAGGAGCAUCAGUUCACUUUGGAUGACAACCUGUCUCUAAGCUUUGGAUUUGCACAGUCCUUUAUCCUGCUGACUGACCAUUACAUCUUGGCACGAGUCGCCUUUGUGCUCCUAGUGCUGCUGAACAUGGCAGUGCUGCUGUCCUUCAGGUUUCUGCACACUCCAGUGCUAAGAGUUUCCUCAGGGAUCUGUCCUCAGGUUUGUGUGUCCCUACACCUCGUCAGUAAAACUGACACCUUCUACUAUUCCCUGCUGCUCUUCAACCUGUGCACUGCUUUAGGUGAGAUCUUUCAGAGGGCUGACUGCAAACUACAGCAUUUGGGACAUACCUGGGUUCUGCAUGUGUUACUUUUGUGUUUAUUGGAUGAGAUGCUUCAUAUCUGCAGGUCCUUGGUUCGUAGGAGAGUUGAUCGACGGGCACAGCGGAGCCUGUUUUGCUUUUGGAGUGUUUGUCAAUGGGCAUUUCCUGGAGGGCAGUCUCACAUAUGUUUUUGGAGUUAUGCAGCUGAUUUUCUUCAACAUGCCUCUCACCUGUUACCUGUGCUGGAGUCUUCACCUGCGCUGUCGUGGCAACUCCUUCCGCUCCCACUUCCGGCGGGCAGGCCGAGGGAGAACUCUGUCCAUUCAUCUGGCCAUGUUGGCACUGCUGCUGUGGCAGGCCUAUUCCUGCUACUUCCUGCUGGAGACAUACGGGCCGCUGGCCUUCUUUCUGUCGCCCGUCCGCUCCUGGGCCCUCGGCCUAGGCCUGCUUCUCGUGUACCGUGCGUGGAGAGGACCUGCCCCCCGUCUCCAUGAUGACAGCAAAGGCAGCGCAUCAUCAUGACAUCAGCAUCUGACAUGAGGCCACAGCCUGUUCUUUUUUUUCUGCUCUGAUCUGUUCAAGUUUUUUUUAAACUAGUAUAUACAUUUUUAUUUGUUGGAUUUUACUUUGAGUUUUCGUGAUAAAUGUUGCAUUUGACUAUGUAACUUCUCAUAAUAAUCAUUUUGACAUAAACCAGACCAAAUGAUGAUGAAAACCAUCGUACCAUGGACACACACUUUCCUUUUUUUUCUGGUUUUCCAACGGAUCCUCCUUAAAUUGAGGGGGAAAAAAAAUAUUGUAUUCAUUAUUCUUUCUAGUCUCUUAACUAUAGCUUGUCCUUCUUGUCCAUGCCAGGCUGCAUCCAUGGUACUAGAGCUCAGCUUUCAAUCAGGCAACACUACAAUCUUAUAUGGAAGGAAGCUGACUGCCUAUCAGUCUCAAUGAAGUGCACUGCAUCUAUUAAGAAAAGCAAAGGUUUUCUACUAUUGGAAAUUGCAUGGACUUUCUACCUCUUUUCUAAUCUUUACUUUAAAACAGUUUUUGCAUUUUUUCCAGUUUGUAUAUCUUGAUGCAGGAGCACAGGUGUUCAAAAACUCCCCUCCUAUCCUUUACUGGUAAAUAUUACCAGUCCUGUUCUGCAUAGUAAUACAUAUUAAUCUAACGAAAGAGGAAGAAAAAUCCUUUCUGUAUGAUGUGGAUGCUCUCAUGCCUACACCUUGGUUUUGUGAAUACAGGAUACUGCUAAAAUAUGCCUCUGUGUAGUGUACAGUACAACAAACUAAUGUAGUGUUACUGUAUUUUAUUGUACUUUCUGGGACUCUCAUUGUGCAUGGACCUGGCAUGGUAGAACACACACACAGUGACAGACGACAAAUACUGUGUUGCUGUCACUUUGUCUAUGACUGCUAUAGCCACAUAACAUACUAUGUACACUGACGUGUGUGUGUUUGGUAUAGGUAGGCACUACAAUUAACAAAGGUCAGUAAAAGUAAUUUUUUGUGUAUGUUUAAUGGCACUUCACAAAAAUAUACUGUCUCACAUUUUAAGUGGAAAAAAUAUUACCCUGUGGAACAGAGUGCUGAAUGUGCUUCAAGUGCCAGGAUUUUAAAUUGGAAAAGGUAGUCAUAUAUGGAAAAAAUAAAACCUGUUUGAUUCUGUACACAUUGCAAAACAAGCUGAUUUUCCUAGCAUAUUUUGUUACUGCUUGUGAUUUCUGUAAGUACUAAUAUCCAUUUAUGCACAAAAAUUGCAAGAUUAAUCAUUUUUAAAUUAACUUUGUAAUUAUGUUUCUUAUUCAUGCCUUAACUUAUGCCAAGCUGAAAAAUAUGGUAAGAAUAAAUCAUGGCUCUGGACUGACCACAAUGAAACAUCUUUGCAGUUUAGCGUAACCUGCUGUAAGAUGAUCAUUUCUAACUCUGCCAACAAAGAUGGCUUUUGUUUCUCAGGUAUGUGCCAACAAAGUCUGACCAUAGACGUCUUUGGUUCCGUUUAAGGCACGACCAGCUUAAAGCUUAAAUGUAUAUAAUCACAAUCGGAAAACCAGCUUCUUGCCUGUAGGCUACAUGUAUAGGGUCACUUGGUUUGAUCUGCCAGUGAGUGCUCAAUACAAUCUGUGUUAGUGAGAAUGAAUUUUGAAGUCUGCAUUGCUCUGAAGGAAAGUAAAAGUGUACAGGUGUUUUUAUUUUGCUGGCAAAAUUAGCAAGUAUUACUAGAUAACUGCACUUGUGUAAAUUCUUCACAAAAUGUUUAUUGGUACCAGUUGGUAGCAGGGAAGGUGUCUGCUGCAUUACUUGAGGGAAAUGAUUCAGUAAUGUGUUUGUGACUUUUUUGUCCAGUAGAGGGUGUAGUGAGUACUGUACCAGGGCUCUUCAUAUCAGUUCUAGAGAUUGAUGUGCACCAAGUUUUCCAGUACCCCUUACAGCGGUAUCAGCAUAGCAAAGGAUACCGGGGGGAAAGAGUCAGUUGUGGUUCACUGCCUCUCUGAAUGCAAAAAUAUUCUGGGCCCGAAUCUCCAGAGCAGAUGUUGAAUUGCCCUGCUCGGUGUCUUGCUGUCACUUGACAACUUGUGAUUUACAGUACAAGUUGCUCCCAACCCCAUCCCCCAAAAGUAGGAAUAGCUGUUUCGGGAGCUGUUUCGUAAUUUAUACAAGUGAUUGUGCGGGUUGUAAUAACACACAUAGUAUACACUUAGCAACAGGACACAGUUUAUCCCUACUUGUGUAUGACACUGUCCUAUGGUAUGCAAACUGUGUUUGAGAAGUGACAUGAAAUUGGUGUAUUGAAUUAUGGGAUUUAUAAUGCUGUGAAUUAAAUUUUAUA